UCGACUCAAACAAUUUUGAAAUACUUGUUAGUGAUGUAUUCAUAAUUUUCCAAUCUUGCAUGUUUUUACACUGAUGCAUUUCAGUUAUUGUGCUGUUUAUUACAUUUUUUUUUGCAAACAGUUUUGCAAAACAUUAAAACAUUUAUGAUUAGAGAUCCAGUGAGCUGGAGAACACAUACAACUAUCUCAGAUCAAAAUAGUUGUCCUCUAAAAUCAGGAACUACUUUUCAUCACUCUGUCUGCACAAUGCUUACAGAGUAAAUGUACAAUAUAUUUAUAAAAUGAUAUAUACAGUAUAUAUAAAAUAAUUCAUAAUUACUUGGUAUAUUUUCUGUGUAGGAUCAUCAAAGUGACAGAAAAGCAUGACAGGUGCUGUAAAGGUUUUGUUCAUAUGCUGUCUGCUUCAAGGUAAGCCUUCUUUUACCUGUCUUAUAAUUUUAUUGCAAAAUUUGCUUUUGUCUUAACAUUUACUUUUAGGGCUUCUCUGCUUGGAUUCUGAACUUAAUUUCCUUAAUUUCCUUAACAAUGAUAGUCACUUAUUUUUGUGUUUAACCGUACAGAUGUUUAUUGUUUGUCCUCAGGUAGCUUAUGCCAACACUGGGCAGCCUUCAUGCCCCAGACAGUGGAGGGACUGAGCGGAUCCUGUGUGAUCAUCCCCUGCAGCUUCACCUUGCCCUCUGAAUGGGAUCAACACCUGGAUGAAUCGUGUAAAGCCAUAUGGAAGAGAGGUAGCUGGAGCCGAACCCAAGUGUUUGAUUCCAGCCUCGUUGGAGCAAGUUCAGGCUUGAACAUCCUGGAAGGAAACCUAACGGGGAUCCUGCGUGAGAAGGAUUGCACCACCAUCUUCAACAACCUGCCAUCGAACCAUUAUGACAACUAUUACUUCAGACUGCAGUGUGACAACUCGCUCAAGUUCAACUUUCAGACGAGUGUCCUUAUCACUGCUCAAGGUUUGUGCUAUGUCCUGCUACACUUCUAUAUUAUAGGUGACAUUGAGGAGAACAUGGAAAGUAAAUCUGUGACCUCUGUUAUGAACUUCACCGCUUCUUACCUCCACAACGGACAGAAGAUCUCCUGCACCACUCUCUACAGCCGACAAGCUGGCAACAGCGACCUUCUAAAAGUUUCCUCACAUUUAAAUUGUCAGAUUUCUCUUCCAGAUCCUCCAAAUAACACAUCGAUCAGUGACCCUGGUCCUGUAAAUGAGGGCAGCACGGUGACUCUGACUUGCAACGCUAACGCAUAUCCAGCCGUGGAGAGCUACACCUGGUACAAAGUGGAUGAGGAUCAGGUGACAGAAGUGGGAUCCAAGAGGAAGCUUUCAACCACAGUUUCAGAAGUCGACAGCAAAUUUUACUGCAAAGCCAGUAACAAACAUGGAAGCCAGAACUCAUCCGUCACUCAGAUAGAUGUGCAGUUUGCUCCCAAGGACACAACAGUAGUUGUUGAUCCUGCUGGUCCAAUACUGGAGGGCAGCUCUGUUUCUCUGUCCUGCAGGAGCCGGGCCAACCCACCUGUGAGCAACUACACCUGGUACCGGGACGGUGAAGAGGACGACGAGCACGGGCCGACCUUAGUUCUUAACGGUGUCGACCCGGGCCAUAGUGGCGACUACCACUGCGCAGCACAAAAUGAUCUGGGAGAAGAAGUUUCAGACACAAUUCAGCUGGACAUUCAGUAUCCCCCUAAGAACACCUCAUUGUCGGUGGACCCCUCCGGCCCGGUGCCGGACGGCAGCUCUGUGACUUUGACCUGCACGAGCGUCGCCAAUCCAGCGACGAUAAACUUCACCUGGUUCAGAGUGGCUGGGGGAGAAAACGAGAUGGUGGGUUCUUCUGAGCCAGACUUCACCUUCAAUGUGACCAAACUCUCAGAGGAUCAAUAUUACUGUGAAGCUCUGAAUGUCCACGGAGCUGAACACUCAGAGUCUGCCAGUUUUGAUGUCACAUUUGUUCCUGAGAUCCUUCCUUCCUCCCGCUGCAUCAAGAUUUUGUCCCAGUUUCGAUGUUCCUGUGACAGCCAGGGCAACCCGCUUCCCUCCCUGGUUUGGGAAUUGGCUGGGGAGCCUGUCAAUCACUCUGCUGACAUCCCAAUCAGGAAAGUUCCCCUGGGGAGCGAGGUUAUGAGGAGCAUCAUCACUCUAUACCACCUGGACGAAGACGUGCCCUCUCUAGUCUGCCUCAGCAGCAACUCACUGGGUUCUGAUAGUUUUGCGUUCAAUGUGUCCUCCAGUGAAACUCAGCUAGGCCUGCAUACUUUGUCUCUGUUGAUCGGCGCUGCAGUGGGAGCACUGGGGAUGCUGCUGCUGUGCCUCCCUCUGUUGCUGUUUUGCAGGAAAAGUACAGGCAGCCUCUCACUCGGCCAGGGACUGGUGGACACUUCAGACUUUUUAGUCACUAAUGAGACCAACUCUUCACAAGUGGCUGUUAUUCGUGUCAAUAAAGCCGCUCUGGAGGCAGAAGGAGGAGGAAGCAAGACUGACCCACUCCACUGCGUCAGUGUGGAUAAACCUCAGGCCAAUACAGAGACUAAGCUCGGGGAAGGGGGGAUCAGAGGCCUGGCCGCCAAGACGACGACGACGACAUAUGCUGAGAUCUGCCUGCACUCCAGAGGAUGCAAUGGUGGAGAUUCAAAAGAAGAAGAAACAGUUGCAGACUCUCAUUUGGGACAAGGGCAAGGCGUUGAUGGUCUGAUGGGUCAGGUCAGUGACAAGGUGACGGCUUAACUUUAGGGGGAACAACAGCUGAAACACAGGAUUCUGGCCUUUAAACACCUACAGAACUUUAGUGUUAAGCCGCCGACAGAAGCCCAGCUGAGACUUCUGGGUAGAAAAACUUCUUAAAGCCUGCAGCAGUGGAGGUAACAUCUGCACCACACGCUGCAAUGUUUGAACUGAGCAACAGCGAUGUCACACAACACGCUAACUCAUGACCGUUGUCUCUGUAGCCUUCAACCCUUCUUAUAUGUCUUCACUGUAAAAUGCCUAUAGUAAAGAAAAAAAAAACAAUACAAUAAUAGAAAUACAUUUCAGAGCUAAUCUGUAUGCUGGGGUUUAACCUUUAACCUCCCCACAAUCAACCAUAACAAUAAAUGUUCCCUUUAAAGUCUUCUAUGUAGUUUACUACAGAAGAUAAAUGGUGCCACAUUUAACAUGCUACUGUUUAUAUUUGAUAUUUCAAUGCUAACCUUUGUGCAGAGUGAAACAGCACAUAGACAGUGUGAUAUUUGUCAAACACUUUUUUUAUUGAUAACUUUAUAUUUGUUUUGGUUUUUUAUUAGAAUACAUAAAUAUGUAUGUGCUUAUAAACAAAAACAAAAGUAAAUCCUGCUGCACUUCAGUAGACAGCCGUACCAGAGCUACAGUCAAAGCGGGUUAUGAAAUGGAGCAUUUUGCAUAUAGUACAUCGUUUCGACAUGCGUCCUUCAGAAACAAGCCUCAUUACAGCCAUGUCAUUUUGUGCUGGAGCCGUGUUCACCAACUUUACAGUAAUGUCAAUAAACUUUAAAAUACA